AUGUUAAAAUCACUCCAAGAAUCAACCUGUUGUGCCUCAGCAGAGGACAUUUCCCGUCUGAUUGAGGCCCUCGAAUCCGACGAUCAUCAAACCCUUAAACAAAUUCACGACUCUUAUCCAACCCUUGAAUUUUACAAGAGAAUUCCCUCACAUCACAACGAUACAAUUCUUCAUCUCGUCUAUCGAUAUACAGGCAGGGUUAUGUAUGAAUCAUUCGAGGUGUUGUCCAUCUUUUCCACUCCAAGUGAUGAACUUCAACUCUCCGAUCAUGAAUUUAAGGAAGCCCUCUUUCAACCGAAUUUAUAUGGAUUUACUCCUAUUCACUAUUGUAUGAUGUAUGCUACCUUUGAGGAUUCAGCUAAUUUAAUUUGUCAAUUCCUUAAUGAUGACGAUGAUGAUGAUCAAGAUGAUGAUAAGGAUGAAAAGAUGAAGAAUUCAUCCUGUGGUUAUUUAGAAAGAAUUUUAGCCUUGGAAAAGAUUGGUACUCUCAUACAACAAUGUAAUGAUCGAGUGGAAGACUCGGAAAAGUUGAGUCAAGAAGAACAACUGGUGUUGGUGAAGGAAAUUUCCGAAGGUUUGAAUCAAAAGUUUAGGGAAUGUUGUGUUUAUGAUCAAUAUUUGAACUUGUUGAGGGUUUUACACAUGUUGGGAAGUGAUAAUUCAUCAGGUCAUGCCAAUAAUAUGAUUAAUGUGGAAUCUGUGGAUUUAACUGGUUCAACUCCCUUGUUGAUUGCCAUGCAAAGAGAAUGUGAAGAGAUUAUUCAAUAUUUGGUUGAUCAUGGAGCUAAUAUUAAUGCUGUGGAUAUUAGAUUGAAAUCAACCCUAUCGUAUUGUAUCAGAUUUGAGGAGACGAUUGCUUGGUUGCAAUACUUUUUGGAGAAGGGAGCUCAAGUGAAUGUUGGAGAUUGUAUUCAUGUUGCUUGUGAGGAAGGUUAUGCAGAGGCUGUUGAAAUGCUUCUAAACUGGAGAAGUGAUUUGGAUGUUUGUUCAUUCGAUAGUGAAGGAAACUCUGUGUUUAUUUGUUUGGUGAAACAUAAACAUGAGAAAAUGUUUGAGAUUUUGAAUAUGAUACUUCCACAAGCUCUGAAGAAUUUAGAUAAUGAUAAGGAAAAGCUGAGAUGUUUGCUUCUUCUCCCUUGCCAGCCACCAAAGAGUUUGAAUGGAGAAGAUUUGGAUGUGGAAUAUGAAGCAUUUACACUUCAUGGAAAGUUAACAGAAUAUGGUUGCAAGGAUGCUUUACAAUUAAUUGAUGCAUAUUCAAGCUAA